GGUCAAACCGAGGUCAGAGGUCAACUGUUCUCCCAUCACUGCACCAGAGGCCGAACCAGUCGCCAGUGACAAUCGAGACAUCGGAUCGACCACACCUGAACCACCAGAGAUUGUGUCUGCCACUGCCUGCGAACAACAGAUCCAUCCAACUCCUGACAGUGACACUUCCAAUAUGGCUGACCCAGCCCCUGACGACAACAAGUACCUAUUUCUCGAAAAUGAUUUUCGCAACAGCGGAGUGGCGCAAGCCGACUGGAUGGCCAAGAAGAUGGUGUGGGUGCCGUCAGAGAGGGAGGGCUUCGAGCCUGCCAGCAUCAAGGAGGAAAAGGGCGAUGAGGCACUGGUGGAGCUUCCCAACGGUCAGAAAGUGACGGUGAACAAAGAUGACAUCCAGAAGAUGAACCCGCCCAAGUUCAGUAAAGUGGAGGACAUGGCCGCCCUCACCUUCCUCAACGAAGCUUCCGUCCUCCACAACCUGCGAGAGAGAUACUUCUCUAGCCUGAUCUACACGUACUCUGGUCUGUUCUGUGUGGUGGUGAAUCCCUACAAGAUGCUGCCAAUCUACUCUGAAAAGAUCAUAGAGAUGUACAAGGGCAAAAAGCGCCACGAGGUGCCGCCGCACAUCUACUCCAUCACAGACAACGCCUACAGGAACAUGAUGCAAGACCGUGAGGAUCAGUCUAUUCUCUGCACAGGGGAGUCUGGAGCAGGAAAGACGGAAAACACCAAGAAGGUGAUUCAGUACCUGGCUGUUAUUGCCUCCUCUCACAAAGGCAAAAAGGAUGCAAACCCUGGGGAGCUCGAGAAGCAGCUGCUGCAGGCUAAUCCGAUCCUCGAGGCGUUUGGAAACGCCAAAACCAUCAAGAAUGACAACUCCUCGCGAUUCGGAAAGUUUAUUAAACUCAACUUUGAUGUGACUGGUUAUAUUGUUGGCGCAAACAUCGACACCUACCUCCUGGAGAAGUCUCGCUGUAUUCGUCAGGCCGGCACAGAGAGAGCGUUUCACAUCUUCUACUACAUGGUGGCUGGAGCCAAAGAAUCGAUAAGGGAGGAGUUGCUGCUGGAGGACUUCGGCAGCUAUCGUUUCUUGAGGGCGGGUCACGUGGAGAUCCCUGGUCAGGAGGACGACGAGAUGUUCAUUGAGACUCUGGAGGCCAUGGAGAUCAUGGGCUUCACAGAGGAGGAGAGAAUCGGGAUGAUGAAGGUGGUGUCCACUGUGCUGCAGCUGGGCAACGUCAAGCUUGAGAAGGAGAGGAACAGCGAGCAGGCGACCAUGCCUGACAACACAGCUGCCCAGAAGGUGUGUCAUCUGCAGGGCAUAAAUGUGACCGACUUCACCCGUGCCAUCCUCACCCCCCGGAUCAAAGUGGGCAGGGAGGUGGUGCAGAAGGCUCAGACCAAGCAGCAGGCUGAUUUUGCAGUGGAGGCUCUGGCUAAAGCCAUGUAUGAGCGUCUCUUCCGCUGGAUCCUGGCGAGGGUCAACAAGACCCUGGACAAGAGUAAGAGACAGUCAUCCUCCUUCCUCGGGAUCCUGGACAUUGCUGGUUUUGAGAUUUUCGAGGACAACUCCUUCGAACAGCUCUGCAUCAACUACACCAACGAGCGUCUGCAGCAGCUCUUCAACCACACCAUGUUUAUCCUGGAGCAGGAGGAGUACAAGAGGGAGGGCAUACAGUGGAACUUCAUCGACUUCGGCCUGGACCUGCAGCCCUGCAUCGAGCUCAUCGAGAGGCCGAACAACCCUCCAGGUAUCCUGGCCCUGCUGGACGAGGAGUGCUGGUUCCCCAAAGCCACUGAUGUUUCCUUCGUGGACAAGCUGCUGAACACCCAUAGCGAUCACGUCAAGUUCUCCAAACCCAAACAACACAAAGAUAAAAUGAUGUUCGCUAUUCUGCACUAUGCUGGAAAGGUUGACUAUAACGCAGCUAACUGGCUGACAAAGAACAUGGAUCCUCUGAAUGACAAUGUGACGGCUCUGCUCAACAACUCCUCCAGCAACUUCAUCCAGGAUAUGUGGAAAGACGCGGAUCGAGUGGUGGGUCUGGAGACCAUGACCUCCACUAAAUCCAAGAAGGGCAUGUUCCGCACAGUGGGUCAGCUGUACAAAGAGUCGCUGGGCAAACUGAUGACCACGCUGCACAACACACAGCCCAACUUUGUCCGCUGCAUCAUCCCCAACCAUGAGAAGAGGGCUGGGAAGAUGGACGCUAAUCUGGUGCUGGAGCAGCUGAGGUGUAACGGGGUGCUGGAGGGAAUUCGAAUCUGCAGACAGGGAUUCCCCAACCGCAUCGUGUUCCAGGAGUUCAGACAGAGGUAUGAGAUUCUGGCUGCCAACGCCAUCCCUAAAGGCUUCAUGGAUGGGAAACAGGCCUGUUGUCUGAUGGUGAAGCACCUGGAUCUGGAUCCUAACCUGUUUCGUAUCGGUCAGAGUAAGAUGUUCUUCAGGACGGGAGUUCUGGCUCAGUUGGAGGAGGAGAGAGACAUCAAACUCACCGUCGUCAUCAUCGCCUUCCAGGCACAAGCAAGAGGCUUCCUGGCCCGAAAGGCUUUCAGUAAACGUCAGCAGCAGCUGAGCGCCAUGAAGGUCAUCCAGAGGAACUGUGCCUGUUACCUUAAACUCAAGAACUGGCAGUGGUGGAGGCUUUUCACCAAGGUGAAGCCCCUGCUGCAGGUGACCAGACAAGAAGAGGAAAUGGGUCAGAAAGACGAGGAACUAAAGACGGCAAAAGAAGUGGCAGCAAAGACCGAGGCCGAACUGAAGGACAUCUCCCAGAAACACAUCCAGCUGGUUGAGGAGCGAACCCAGCUGGAGUCAAAGCUACAUGCAGAGACGGAGCUGUACACUGAGGCUGAGGAGACGAGGGUGAGACUGGAGGCCAAGAAACAGGAGCUGGAGGAGGUGCUGCAUGAGAUGGAGGCUCGGCUGGAGGAGGAGGAGGAGCGCAACAGCGCUCAUCAGCAGGAGAAGAAGGAGAUGGAACAGCAGCUACAGCUCAUGGAGGACCACAUCGCAAAAGAAGAAGACGCUCGGCAGAACCUGCAACUGGAGAAAGUGGCCGUGGAGGGAAAAGUCAGGAAAAUGGAGGAGGACAUUCUGCUGAUGGAGGACCAGAAUAACAAACUACAGAAGGAGCGGAAGCUUCUGGAGGAGAGGAUGGCCGACAUGAACUCUAACCUGGCUGAGGAGGAGGAGAAGUCCAAGAACCUGAACAAACUCAAGACCAAACACGAGUCCAUGAUCUCUGACCUCGAGGUGCGUAUGAAGAAAGAGGAGAAGGGUCGUCAGGACACCGAGAAGGCCAAGAGGAAAGUGGAGGCAGAGUUGGCCGACCUCCAGGAGCAGUACGCCGACCUGCAGGCUCAGCUAGCUGAGCUCCGGGCCCAGCUGGCCGCCAAGGAAGAGGAGCUCCAGGCCACACAGGCCCACUUGGAGGAGGAGAUCAAUCAUCGUGGGGCAGCGGUCAAGCGGAUUCGGGAGUUGGAGGCUUUGCUUUCAGAGCUGCAGGAGGACUUGGAGGCCGAGAGGUCAGCCAGGGCGAAGACCGAGGCAGCACGACGAGACCUCGGGGAGGAGCUGAAUGCGCUGCGCACCGAGCUGGAGGACAGCCUGGACACCACCGCUGCUCAGCAGGAGCUACGGGCGAAGCGCGAGCAAGAGGUCGCCAUGUUGAAGAAAGCCAUUGAGGAGGAGGGACGGAGCCACGAGACUCAAAUCCAGGAUCUGAGACAAAAACACAGUCAGGCUGUGGAGGAGCUCAAUGAGCAGCUGGAGCAGGCCAAGAGGGUGAGGGCCGGUCUGGAGAAAGCUAAGCAGGCCCUGGAGAAGGAGUCAGCGGAUCUGAGCACCGACUUGCGAUCCCUUGCCAGUGCCAAACAGGACGUGGAGCACAAGAAGAAGAAGGUGGAGGGUCAGCUGAAUGAACUGCACUCACGCUUCAACGAGAGCGAGCGGCAGAGGACUGAGCUGGGCGAGAGAGUCUCCAAGAUGAGCCUGGAGCUGGACGGUGUGACGGGUCUGUUGAACGAGGUCGAGGGAAAGAGCAUCAAGCUGAGUAAAGACGUCUCCAGUCUGUCCUCUCAGCUUCAGGACGCACAGGAGCUGCUGUCAGAGGAGACUCGUCAGAAGCUGAAUCUGUCCGGACGUCUCCGUCAGAUGGAGGACGACAGGAACAGCUUGAUAGAGCAGCUGGAGGAGGAGACAGAGGGCAAAAGGGCCGUGGAGAGGCAGGUCUCCAGCCUCAACAUGCAGCUGUCGGACUACAAGAAGAAGCUGGACGAGAUGUCGGGGGCGGUGGAGCUGCUGGAGGAGGGGAAGAAGCGUCUGCAGCGGGAGCUGGAGGCGACAAACAAUGACUACGAGGAGAAGGCCUCAGCCUACGACAAGCUGGACAAGAGCCGAGGCCGAAUGCAGCAGGAGCUGGAGGACGUCCUCAUGGACCUGGACAGCCAGCGGCAGCUUGUCUCCAACCUGGAGAAGAAGCAGAAGAAGUUUGAUCAGAUGCUGGCAGAGGAGCGAGCCGUGUCCUGUAAGUUUGCAGAGGAGCGGGAUCAUGCGGAGGCAGAGGCGAGGGAGAAGGAGACAAGGGUGUUAGCUCUGGCCAGAGCUCUGGAGGAGAACCAGGAUGCUCUAGAGGAGGCGGAGAAGAUCAUGAAGGCGCUCCGAGCUGAGAUGGAGGACCUCAUCAGCUCCAAGGAUGACGUGGGAAAGAAUGUCCACGACCUGGAGAAGGCAAAGCGUGGCCUGGAGGCCAUCGUGGAUGAGAUGAGGACACAGAUGGAGGAGCUGGAGGACGAGCUGCAGGUCGCCGAGGACGCCAAGCUGCGUCUGGAUGUCAACACUCAGGCCCUCAGAGCUCAGCACGAGAGGGAGGUGCAGGCCAGAGAUGACAUGGGCGAGGAGAAGAGGAAGCAGCUCCUCAAACAGGUGCGUGAGCUGGAGGCGGAGCUGGAGGAGGAGAGGAAGCAGCGAGGUCAGGCAUCAGCCGGGAAGAAGAAGCUUGAGGGGGAACUCAAGGACAUGGAGGACCAGCUGGAGGCCACCAACAGGGGGCGUGACGAGGCAGUGAAGCAACUCCGCAAGAUCCAGGGCCAGGUGAAGGAUCUCCAGAGGGAGCUGGAGGACUCUCGUGCAGCCCAGAAGGAAGUGAUCACUUCGGCCAGAGAGUCUGAGCGCAGAACCAAGGUCAUGGAGGCCGACAUCAUGCAGCUGCAAGAGGUGUUGGCAGCAGCUGAGAGAGCUCGAAAGCAGGUGGAGGCAGAAAGAGACGAGCUUCAUGAAGAACUGGCCAAUAACUCCUCUGGAAAGAAUAUGCUGUCCGAAGAGAAGCGUCGUCUGGAGACGAAGAUCAGUCAGCUGGAGGAGGAGCUGGACGAGGAGCAGGCCAACAUGGAGAGCCUCAACGAGAGGCUGAGGAAGAACCAGCAGCUGGUGGAGCAGCUGGGCGCCGAGCUGACGGCUGAGAGAUCCUCCGCUCAGAGCAGGGAGGGAUCCAGGCAGCAGCUGGAGAGACAGAACCGAGAGCUGAAGGCCAAACUGCAGGAGACCGAGAGCCAGGGCCGCUCCAAACUCAAAUCCUCCAUCGCCGCCCUGGAGGCCAAGCUGAGAGAGGUCGAGGAGCAGCUGGAGAUGGAGAGCAGAGAGCGCCAGGCCAACGGCAAGAAUCUACGUCAGAAAGAGAAGAAGCUGAAGGAUUUCACAAUCCAGAUGGAGGAUGAGAGGAAGCAGGCACAGCAGUACAAGGACCAGAUGGAGAAGGGCAACGUGCGGCUGAAGCAGCUGAAGCAUCAGCUGGAGGAGGCGGAGGAGGAGGCUCAGCGUGUGGUGGCCGCUCGCAGGAAACUGCAGAGGGAGCUGGACGAGGAGACCGAGGCCAACGACGCCCUGAACAGAGAGGUGUCGUCACUCAAGAGCAAACUGAGGCGUGGUGGCAGUGGCGGGGAGGCAAUGUUUGCCAGCCCCAGCCCUCGGAGCAGCAGCGGUGGCGCCAGCAUCAGGAGCUUUGCGAUGGGAGGGAGCAUCAGCCGGAGGAGCGUCAUCAGAGAGAACUCAAUGGAACUGCAGGAGGACGAGCCCCCGUCCCCAUCUCCCCCUGCCUGCACCUCCCCUCUGGACGAACGUGAGGAGGUCUACACCCCCGAUGAGUAAAGGGACCACUUCUGAUUCGAUUUCGCUCAAGUUAAAUGUUAUCGACAUGUUUCAGGAAUAUUUUUACACUUAAAUUUAAUAUUUUAAUUAUUUUAAUUUAACACAAAAACACAUGGCGCUCCUGGAUAUUUUGGUUUGAAAAAUAUAUUUGAAAAUAUCAAUGCCAACGUGUCAUUCUGAUCAUGCAUUUGCCAUUCAAUUAUUUUUAAAGUUUUGUUUUUUUAAAUUGGCAAUGAUUUUCAUAACUGAUCGUUUCAAUAAUUUGAAAAGUAGACGCUUUUUGCUCCAUAUUCUCAAAUAACAGGAUUUUAUGCGCUUUGACAUCAUAUGUGAUCAUAAACUGAGAAUCUUCAUGCAGUGACAUUGAUCCCGCUCCCUUUGUGCGCCGACAUUUUUCACUAAUUUCUGAACUUUUCAAGAAAAUAAUGAACAGAUGCAGGAACAAGGAUAUAAAGAAGAAUCCUUACAUUUAAAUGAUCUUCAAUUAUUUAAUAGAAUGUUUUCAGUAGUAACUUAAUAUUUGUUUUUAGUUUGGAAUCCUGAUCUUUUCUUUUCUAAAAAUGCACAUUUCCUCUCAAGUCGUUGAUUUAAACUACUUUUUCGUAUUUUAGAAAUGAUCAUAUAUGGCAUCCUCUUUUAGGAAUUAAGGGUUCAUUUAAGUACCCAUGAGCCUCAGCAUCUGUUAACAAGCAGAAGACAGCAGCCAGUUUUAGUUUCAGGGCAUUUUGUGACUACUGUUAAAACUGUUUUAAAUUUGUUGAAUUGAUCCAAAAUCCAAAUUAGAGGUUUGACUUUAAUUUCUUCUUUUGUCCACGUUCUUCUCAGCUCAGUGUUCUCUGGUGUUUCAAGCUGCAAAGCAAUGUUUCAUUCUUGUUCCAGAGCUGAAAUGCUUCAGAUUGAUUUGGGUUGAAGUAUCAGAAGCUUCGUAAAUGAUGAAGCUUCAAACUAAUGAAGAAGCAGACUUUUUCUCAUUCUCUGUGUAGCUCCAUUCAGUUAUUUAUAUCUGACCUGAAUCUUUAACCCUCCUCAAAAAUAAAUACUAUCAAAAAAUGUACACAAACAUUAUAUUAUGUACACUUACUGUUUAAAGAUUGAAGUCAAACCUGAAUCUGAUCAGUGCAACCAAUGUGUGAAUGGCGACAGGACAGCGUCAUGUAUUUAAAUUCAACAGUUUGUUAUCACGUCCCAGGAGUUUGUCCUUUACUUCUCUAUUUCAGGAAAUUCCAGCAUCUGUUCUUACACCAAUCAGUAAUAAAUAGUUCAUCAUUUAAGAAGAUACUUAUUUUUCAAAUUAGCACAAAGGGAAAUGUAUGAAUCCUGCAGAUUCCAGCUCCUUACCUUAAAUUAGGUUUGUAAAGUAAAAAUGAAACUGAAUCAUCUCUAAAGUAAAGAAAGCCUGAUUCCCACAUUAAAAAUGAGUUUAAGUCACCAUGAAUUUUUCAAUAUUUGCACAAUAACAUAACAUAAUUUAUGUGAAUUUAAUUUAUUUAUAUCACUUUAUUAUUCAAUGUAGUUUAAAGAAUUCCCAUACAAUAACCCAAGUCUCUUGUCUAUUUCUCAUUACAUUCAAGUCACAGAGAAAAGCAUCAGAUUUGAUUGAAAAUAAAUUGAAAUAUCAGAUGCUUGUUUUUGUGUCUCAAAUCUAAUAGAAACACAUGAAGCACAAGUUAGAGCUGACUUUGCUCUUAACUCACCUCCUCAAAAGGGUUUUAAGAAUAUUUAGUUUGGAAACUGAAUAUGACGUUAUAUCUGUAAACCAACUGUUUCAUAUAUUUAUUCUAGGGAUUAAGUUGUGUGAUUUCAACCUCACAGAAACACAAAACAAUAUUUUAAUUAAGGUGAUUUGUACAACGGCUGCUGUGCUGUGCAGGACUUUCUGCUUUUUGUGAACCAGUGAAGUGAAAUUAAAUCUGUUGCUAAACUCAA